AUGGAACGACGUUUUCAUAAUAAUGCUCAGCUCAAGCAAGAACACCAAAAAUUUAUGUUCGAUUAUAUCACGUUGGGCCACAUGGAGCCGGCUGGUAAUUUCGAUCCAAAACGUACGUAUUUUUUACCGCAUCACGCAGUGCUAAAGCCUAACAGCACAACAACUAAGCUGAGGGUUGUUUUUGAUGGGUCAUGUAGGACUACAAAUGGACUCUCGCUCAACGACCAGUUGCUCGUGGGACCCACAAUUCAGAGAGAUCUAUUUGACAUUAUUUUAAAUUUUCGCAAGUACAAGUUGGGAUUUACAGGGGAUAUAGAGAAGAUGUAUCGCCAGAUCUUGGUGGACCCUGACGACCAAUCACUGCAGCGUAUACUUUGGCGGAGGUCAAACGAUGAACCCAUAAAAGAAUAUAAUCUCAAGACUGUAACCUAUGGAACGUCAGCUGCGCCAUUCCUCGCAACUAGAACCUUGAAGCAAAUCGCCAAUGACAACGCCAAUGCGCAUCCGAAAGCAUCUGAAGCAAUUUCACAGUAUUUCUACGUAGACGAUUUUAUGGCAAGCGCUACCGACGAAGCUACUGCGAUUCAGCUUAAAGAAGAGAUUUGCGCCCUGUUGUUUGAUGCUGGGUUACAUCUGCGCAAGUGGUCUUCAAAUUCAGCAACCUUCUUGGAAAGUAUUCCAAGUGAGGAUCGAGAGGUUCAAUCUGAUACCUGUAUAGACUCUACAUGCACAGUAAAGACACUGGGACUCUUAUGGGAUACAUCGACCGAUAGUUUUAAAUACAGCGUUUGUUUGCCAUCAAACCAACAUACAACCAAGCGAAGUGUUUUAUCGGAUUUAGCUAGGGUAUUUGAUCCCAUCGGAUGGUUGUCGCCAGUGGUUAUAUCAAUGAAGAUAUUCAUGCAAAAACUGUGGUUGAGAGGAAUAGGAUGGGACGAGGCAUUACCGCACGACCUUUACACUCAAUGGGUUGAGUAUCGAGAAAGCAUCAACCGCAUAUUACAGUUACAUAUUCCCCGGUGGAUACGUUACUCCAAUGAGAAGCUCGUACAACUACAUGGAUUUGCAGACUCCUCGGAGCUGGCAUACGCAGCAACUAUAUACAUUAGAGUUCACCAUGAAAAUGGGCAAAUAUCAACAAAUUUAAUAGCUGCCAAGACGCGUGUGGCUCCAGUUAAACAAAUCACACUACCAAGGCUUGAGCUAUGUGGUUCACAUCUUAUGACGAAAUUAAUGACUAAAGUACAAAAUGCGCUGGAAUUGUCAAAGGCUGAAACCUUUGGAUGGACGGAUUCCACAAUAGUGUUGGCAUGGUUAAGGGAUCAUCCUCGCCGUUGGAAAACAUUCAUAGCGAAUCGAACUGCGGAAAUAUUAAAAGUUGUUCCGUCUGAGCGUUGGAGACACAUUCCUUCUCAGCACAAUCCUGCAGAUCUUGCCACAAGGGGAUUGUGUCCUCAAGAACUUCUAUCUAACGAGAUUUGGUGGCAUGGUCCAGGUGAACUAAAAGACAUUCCAGAGACGUGUCAUUUAGUGCCUCCUCUGGAAGAUGACAUAACACAGGAAGAACGGAAAAGCACGGUUGCACUUGCAAGCGUAACAACUGAGGUUUCGGUGAUAGAGCGCUACUCCUGUUAUACACGACUGCUGCGAAUCACAUCACUUCUUUUGCGAUUUGUCAACAACUGCAAAGCUAAGUGCAUUAAUAGCAAAGGUAAUAAUCAAUCCAUUACAACCAGUGAACUACGCACGGCGCAUGAUGUCCUGGUUAGAUCAGCACAAGCAGGAUCUUACACAUUCGAGUUACGAACUAUCGGUCAAGGUAGGCAGUUACCAUCUUCACAUAAGUUGGCACCACUUGCUCCAUUUAUUGACGAACAAGGAUUGCUCCGCGUAGGUGACAGAGUUACCAACGCGAAAAUCAAUUAUAAUCAGAAACAUCCAUUCAUAAUGGACAAAACUCACCCGUUAACUAAACUAAUUGUACGUGACUAUCACAUACGUUACUUGCAUGCCGGACAUAGGCAAUUACAUUAUCUCUUGGCUCUUAAGUACUGGAUUCCAGGAGUCACAUAUGUUAUCAAGCAGUGCAUCUUUAAAUGUACAGUAUGCAUGAGACACCGCGGCAUUUCCUACCAACAACAAAUGGGUGACAUACCAAAAUAUCGUUUGGAUCCAGGAUCACCUUUCCUCAACACGGGGAUCGAUUUUGCUGGGCCGAUACAGGUACGUUCUUGGAAGGGACGUGGCUCUAAACUGUAUAAAUGCUGGAUAGCACUUUUUAUUUGCUUGACCACCAAGGCAAUACAUAUUGAGCUGGUGACUGAAUUGUCUACAGCGGCUUUCAUUGCAUCACUACGAAGAUUCACUGCGCGGCGCGGAAAACCAUUACAUAUAUUCUCAGACAAUGGUACCAACUUUGUGGGUGCUAAUCAACAUUUGCGGGAACUAUACCAAUACAUAAAUGAUUCGACAACACAGGAAACCAUUUCAAGAGCGUCAGCUGAGCAAGAAAUUCAGUGGCAUUUCUCCCCACCUGCAGGACCCCACUUCGGCGGCAUAUGGGAAGCAGGCGUCAAGUCAGUCAAGUAUCACUUAAAACGAACAUUGGCUGAUGCGUCCGUUACAUAUGAGGAGUUGAACACUAUUCUCUGUCAAAUUGAAGGAUGUCUCAACUCACGCCCACUAUGUACCAAAUUUGAAGGCGAUAUCGAUCCCUUGACUCCAGCACAUUUCCUGAUUAUGCGCCCAAUGACUUCUCUGCCAGACAAAAACCUCCUCAACCUAAAGGAAAAUGCAGUAAAUCGUUGGCAAUACCUUCAGAAGCUGACACAGCAUUUUUGGAAAAGGUGGUCAAUCGAAUAUGUAACACAAUUGCAACAACGUCCCAAAUGGUCUCAACGUUUGAGGAAUCUAGAGAUCAACGAUGUGGUUAUCAUAAAGGACGACAACCUACCACCAACCCAAUGGUCCAUUGGAAAGAUCUCAAAAGUGCAUCCAGGAUCCGAUGGUUUAGUGCGAGUGGCGUCUGUAGACACUUUUAAGGGGACCCUAAAAAGACCCAUUGUCAAACUUUGCCCACUGUUCAUCGAUAUUUAA